AUGGGUUCUCUUGCAUAUGGUGGGAUGACCAUCGGUAUCAAGGAGGAACUGAGGGUGGACAUGGUUCUGUGCCAUCAAGGAGUAGCCUAUUAUAUCAUAGGUUUGAAGGAUAAGGAAAGGGUAAAGGAGCUUCAACAUAUGAACGAUGUAGCAUUGAGAAUGAUCGGCGGUUGUCUCAAGCCAAAGAUCUUCAAGGAGAAUGAGAUGGUGAUAGAAGCGGGACAGCCACUUAACGUGAUGCUCAUUAUUAUAGCAGGCUCUAUGCUGGCAUACAAGCCAAUUAGGGUUACUACAGAGGUGAGUCCCUCAACCUCAUUUGAAACUCUUGACAAAGGUAUGUUUGUUGGAGAACAACUUCUGGAUUGGGCAGGGAAAACCAAAACUUUCGAUGACCAACCUGUUUCUUUCAAAACUAUCCGAUGCUCCAAAAAAGUAGAAGCCUUUGCUCUCACAGUUGAUGACUUGAAAACUUUAGUGCUCUCCGGACACAUUUUCCCGAUGAAGUCAAAAGUUGGCAUUUUCAAAAUUGCUGCUGACCGGAAGAUACGUGAGAAACUAGAGGCGAUAUUUUGGUGGAUGGCAAUAAAUGGCAUUUCUGAUGAUGUGGCGAUAGAUAUUAUGCAUGGUUUUAGUCAAGGUAAAUUGAAAGAAAACAUUCAUGCUGAAGUGGAUGUGAAUUAUAUGUUCUCUGUUCUUGAAGAAUAUGGGAAAAGCAUUAUGCGGCGCCAUGUCUGCAUGGAGACCUUGAAAAAAGUAAAGGAGCUUCAACAUAUGAACGAUCGUGAAUUGGGAAGGAUCUGCGACUCUCUCAAGCCAAAGGUGUUCGAGGAUAAUGCCAAAGUUGUUGAAGUGGGAAAGCCACUUAACGCGAUGCUCUAUAUUAUAGCAGGCUCUAUGCAGGCGCCAAUUAUGGAUGCUGGAGAAGUAGCUCCAUCAACCUCAUUCCAUACUCUUAAGAAAGUCUGCAUUUCAUUCAUUUGA